AGCUAAGCAUAAAGCGACGGAGGAUAGAGAAACGGAAAUUUUCAUUCACCAAACGAAGCAGAGGAUAAAAGAAACUGGAAAAUGUAUCAUCCUACCAGAGGUGGCGUUCGCGGUGGACGAGAUCAAUUUAAGUGGGAUGAUGUCAAGGUUGAUAAACACCGAGAGAACUAUCUUGGUCACAGUAUCAAGGCCCCUGUUGGAAGAUGGCAAAAAGGGAAAGACCUACACUGGUACUCCAGGGAUAAGAAAUCUGAGAGUUCAGAUAUGGAGGCUGCAAAAGAAGAGAUAAAAAGGAUCAAGGAACAGGAGGAACAGGCCAUGAGAGAAGCUCUUGGUUUAGCGCCUAAACGUGCUAACCGACCUCAAGGUAACCGACUAGAUAAGCAUGAGUUUUCGGAACUUGUGAAGCGAGGCUCUACUGCAGAAGAUUUGGGUGCAGGCCAUUCUGAAGCAGCACAUGUUCAAGGUCUUGGUUUUGCGAGAGCACCCCGUAAUGGGGAAGAAUUUAGUUCUCUUCAACCAAGCCCUAGAGCUGCAUUGCCCGAGAAAGUGGAUGUUGCUGUGCCCAAUCCAACAACACCCAACACCAAAGAAGAGUUAGAGGAUGAAAGCUACCGAAAGAAAAGGAGGCGUGAAGAGAAGAAGCAUGAGAAACAUGAGAAGCAUGAAAGACGUGAGAAGCGGCAUUCUCGGGAUGACGAUGACAGGAGGAAGCGCAAGAAAGACAAAAGAAGACAUGACUCUGACUGAAGAUUGAUCUCAAUCAUAAACUGUGUAUGGACAAAAGAAAACACAAUUCCGACUGAUGAUUAGAUCAAGCAAACUGUGUACUAUUCCUCUCUCUUGUUUUUCUUUUCCUCAUCAAGUAGAAACCUCUAUUUUUAGUGUACCUUUUAGAUGGGAUUUUGUGAUGUACUGUUGCUUGGGAUAUAGAUUGUGGACACCCCUGAUAAGUCUCUUAGGAUAAAAAAGCCUGGAAGGAAAAAGAUGAUAGUCACCACCUGUAGUUGAGUUAUUUGGUGGUGAACAUAGGAGUCAUCGCAUGAUUAGUGAGAAAGCAGGCUAGACUUGGCAGAUAUCGACUGCUUGCAACGCACAGAAGCACAAAACUUGAGAAUGCCAGAGUUGAUUACCACUAUCAGGUGAGCUACAACAUUAUUUUGUAUUUGUUUUUGUCAAUACAAUGACAUUGUCAACUGUUUAUUAAAUGAAAAAAUAUGCCUGUAUCACAUUGAUUUAAAAUUUGGAGGAACUUGCUUUAUAAAGCAACUUGGUUUUACAGAGUUUUUAGGGCUUUA